CUAUCAUCUUGUGAGGGAUUUCAAGGGUUUGUGAGUAAAGGAGGUUUUAGUGUUUUAAUGGGUUCUAUAGUACAGGUGAUCGGUUUUCUCAGUUGGGUUCUUCUUGCUCUAAUUGUUAUAGUUCCUGUUGUUACUGCUAGGCAAAAACCAUGGUCUCAUGCCAAUAAGCAGGUGACAAUACAGGGAAGCAAUGAUCUUGUGACUGAAUUGCCUGGCCAACCUGAGGUGGGGUUCAGGCAUUAUGCUGGGUACGUGACAGUGAAUGAAAAUAAUGGAAGGGCUCUCUUUUACUGGUUCUAUGAGGCCUCAAUUCAACCUGGGGAAAAGCCAUUGGUGUUGUGGCUUAAUGGAGGUCCUGGGUGUUCCUCUGUGGGAUAUGGAGCGACACAAGAGAUUGGUCCUUUCAUUGUUGAUACAGAUGGAAGUGGGCUCAAAUUCAAUCCUUACUCAUGGAAUACAGAAGCGAACAUGUUAUUCUUGGAAUCUCCAGUUGGAGUUGGCUUUUCAUACUCAAAUGCAACCACAGAUUAUGAUAUUCUUGGAGACAGCUUUACAGCGAAUGAUACAUAUAUUUUCCUGCACAAGUGGUUCAACAAAUUCCCGAUGUAUAGAAGCCGAAAUUUUUACAUAGCAGGGGAGAGCUAUGCAGGCAAAUAUGUUCCAGAGUUAGCUGAGCUCAUUUAUGAUAUGAACAAGGAUCCUUCUCUUUAUAUCAAUAUAAAGGGUUUCAUGUUGGGUAAUCCUGAAACAUCAGAUUCUCAUGAUUGGCGAGGUAUGGUGGAUUAUGCUUGGAGCCAUGCUGUGAUAUCAGAUGAAACUCACAAAAUUAUACAGGAUAGCUGUGAUUUUGACAGCAACGAUACGUGGAGCAACGAUAGUUGCAGCCAGGCUGUGGAUGAAUUACUCAAUCAGUAUAAGGAGAUUGAUAUCUAUAGUCUCUAUACCUCUGUCUGUGCCAACUCAACUAACACAGACACCGGAUCAAUGCGAGUCAUGUUCAACUCCAAGGCUAAGAUGAUGCCAAGGAUCAUGGGUGGUUAUGAUCCCUGCCUUGACGAUUAUGCAAAGACUUUCUACAACAGACCCGACGUCCAGAAGGCCCUCCAUGUGAGCGAUUUUCACCAGCUCAAGAACUGGAGCAUCUGCAAUUACACAAUAUUUCAUAAAUGGUCAGAGUCAAGGCCUUCAAUCCUGCCUAUAUACAAGAAGCUAAUUGCAGCAGGACUUAGGAUAUGGGUCUACAGUGGAGACACUGAUGGAAGAGUUCCUGUUCUGUCCACAAGAUAUAGCUUGAGUGCCUUAGAACUGCCUAUCACUAAAGCUUGGAGGCCUUGGUACCACCAGAAGCAGGUUAGUGGGUGGUUCCAAGAAUACAAGGGCUUCACGUUUGCAACAUUUAGAGGAGCAGGACAUGCAGUGCCUAUUUUCAAACCUAGCGAGUCCUUGGCCUUCUUUGCAGCCUUUCUUGCCGGAGAAUCUUUGCCAUUGGAACGUUAAAACAUGGUCGAUCGAUAACUUGUUGGCCUUGUAGUCCUCCGACAGUUUUGAUCUAACUACUAAUAAUACUUGCUAUAUCAGAUGUAACUUGUUACAAGGAUGGAAGUGAAGAUAACCUUCAGUAAUCAGUAUUGUAUGUGUGGUAGAUGAAAAAAUCAGAAUUGUAUCUUCCAUCUUCAAAUAAUAAAGAUAACAGUUAAUUCUA